AUGAUUAAGAGUUUAAAGAGAGACAUGAUACAUAUAUAUGUAUUGCGAGUUUCAGCUUUUGGAUUACAUUAUGGUGCAACUAAUGUAAGAUGCUCUUGCUGUGGCACAAUCAAUAUGGCAAGACCAGACAACAUUUGUGCACCUCUGAGACCUAAAUUAGAAUAUAUGGUUAUUAUGGCCAUAGAUCAGGCCUUAUUACAAGAUGUGUUGGAACUAAAGACUAUGAGAGUACCGAUUCCAGAGGCACAGAGGCCUAAUGAGACUAUACCCAUGAGACCAUCAACAUCUGCUCCUCCCUCUGAAGCCCAAAACAUGACAGUAGUUGUCGAGAAUCCUAUGUCAGUAAAUCAAAGUGGUAAACUGUGUGCUAUAAAACUUGACACGGUGCAGCAUCCGUUCCCUUGCUGUCAUGCAAUCCAUCAAGUCUCUGUCUCUCCAGCCAUGGCAACGGAGAAUGGGAAACAGGCGGAGGCCGAGAGCAGACAGUCACAGCCUAAAUCUAAGCUGCUUCUGUCACUAAGGUUGGCAGCCGUUCUGGCCACAGCUACCGCUACUGUGGUCAUGGCACUGAACAAGCAGAGCACAAGGAUGGCAGUUGCCGUAGUGGGCACUUCUCCCAUCCUCCAGACCUUCACUGCUGCGUUCCAGCAAACCCCUGCGUUCGUGUAUUUUGUCAUUGCCAAUGCUAUUGCAAGCUUAUACAACCUACUGGUGCUCCUCCUGCGACCAUUCUUAAAAGCAAAGCCUCAUGACAUUUUGGUGCACCUUUUGGAUGAGGUAAUAUUUGCUCUAGUGGCGACUGGUGCAGCUGCUGCAGCAUCUAUGGCGGAGUUGGGAAAGAAUGGCAACGUACAUGCGAGGUGGAACCCGAUAUGCGACAGGUUUGAAGCCUUCUGCAUCCGUGGAGGGUUGGCACUCAUGGCGUCCUUCGCUGGGGCUCUCCUACUCCUCCUCAUGAAUGCAUUCUCUACCUUCACUCUCCACAAGAGCGUGCUGAGCCAGGAUUAGUCCCUCGUCUUACCUACCACUCACAGCCAUAUAUAUGUACUCUUGGGAUUAGUUCCUCAGAAAUGUAUCCUAAAAUUCUGUUGUCUGAAAGCUAUCGAGUUGGUGAAUUAAAGGAAAUGGAGUCGGGAAAUUUGACUGC